AUGGAUGCCGAGGCCGAACCACGUCACCUGGCUUUUCGCGCACAUGGCAACCACGUCGUCACUUGCUUGCUAUUGGAAUCAGAUAUGAUCAUAACCGGCAGUGACGACACGACCAUAAAUCUAUACGACGCACAAACCGGCGCUUUGCUCAAAACAUUCCAAGCCCAUGAUGGCGGUAUAUGGAGUCUACAGCGCGAUGGAGAUAUACUGGUAUCCGGAUCCACAGACCAAAGUAUCCGAGUUUGGAGCAUCGCUACCGGUAAAUGCUUGCAUUUAUUGCAGGGUCAUACGAUGACUGUGCGUUGUCUUGCUAUUGUGAAGCCUGUACGAGUUGAUGUAGCUGUUGAUGGAUCGCCUGUUAUGAGGCCGGAAGUGCCUUUACUUGUCAGUGGCUCGAGAGAUUCGACAUUGAGAGUGUGGAGGCUUCCGCUGGCUAAUGAUAUUCCUACCUAUCAAGCUGCUUCUUUAGCUGAUGUCGAGAACACUUACUCGCUAAGUGUUCUCACAGGUCACCAGAAAACCAUACGUGCUAUGGCCGCUUAUGGCGAUACCAUUGUUAGUGGAUCUUUCGACUGCACUGUCCGUGUGUGGAAAAUCUCAACGGGCGACACGGUGCGUCUUCUCACAGGCCAUACGCAAAAAAUCUACAGUGUGGUUCUUGAUCACGAGAAUAGACGGUGUAUCUCUGGAUCGAUGGAUAAUUCUGUCAAGAUAUGGUCUCUCGACUCUGGCAGCUGUCUGCUUAGCCUCGAAGGUCAUACUUCUCUAGUCGGUCUUCUACAAUUGAACCAUGGGCUACUAGUCAGUGGUGCUGCCGAUGGCACUCUACGCGUCUGGAACCCAGAUAACGGGGCGUGUCAGACUAUCCUGCAACAUACUGCAGCAAUCACAGCUUUCCAGCACGAUGGCCAAAAAGUCAUCAGUGGCUCAGAUCGAACACUCAAGAUGUGGGAUAUCAGGACCGGCGAGUGCGUUCGCGACCUACUCACAGACCUCAACGUGGUCUGGAAAAUUCAGUAUGAUGGAAAGAAAUGUGUUGCCGCGGUACAAAGGGAUAAUCUCACGUAUAUUGAGGUGCUGGAUUUCGAUGCAGUUCGAGAUGAUUUACCAGAGACUAGUCAAGGUCGACGCGUUGUGGUCGAUUCGCAUGGAAGCGAGAUUUGA